UUCCAAUCACAUUUGUAUUUAGAUUUCUUAUGUAAAUUCGAUGAUUAGAAACAUAUAACUAGAAGUAAAAAUAUGAUGUAUGGUGGAAUAGAUUAAUAGUGUCAAAAAAAAAGUGCAAAAUGAUGAAGAGUUUUUUGAAUUGAGCGCCAUCUGAUAUUAUGGCUCUCGGACUACUCCCAUUCUCAAAGCAGUACAUCGACAUGAACCUCUCCGUAGUUUGUUUGCGUUCAUCGGCUGUAUGUAUGAAUUUCGUAGUGUUCGCAGGUUACAAUAAAGCAGAUAAUUUUUCAAUUAAAGUUGACUUAAGAUUGGAAUCGUAGUGUAGUGUGCGAAAACGAUUAAUCGCCGGAUACGGAAUCCAUAACUGUUUAAUGGAUCCGACUAUCGGUUGGUAUCAACCGGAGCAGUUCGGCCCUGCUAAGGACUUAUGGUUACACAUUUGGGAAGCUGAGAAAGGUCUCGAUAUCUUAACCCUGAAGAACGAUUCGUCGUCGAAUGUGAUGGGCGUUAAAAUGCAGCAGGAUUUUAUAGCUUUCGACUCGGUGAAUAAUCGUACGGGAGAUCGUGGUCAGCAAAAUACUUGCAAUAGUUAUUAUAACCCAUCACGUAGGAAAGGUGAUAAUCGUGCUAGUACCUACGGCAUGAACUACAAUUAUGAUGCCUUGGUCGGAGAAUACGGUGGAUGCCCGUGGCGUGUGCCUAAUAAACAUUAUUCUAAAGGAGUUAUUGGGUUACACGAAGAAAUAGAAGAUUUCUUUUCAUAUAUGUGUCCAUCCAAUGAAGAACAUAGUUUAAGAAUGCGAGUGGUUAAACGUAUAGAACAAGUAAUAUAUGAUCUUUGGCCAGAUUCGAAAGUUGAAGUAUUUGGAAGUUUUCGUACAGGUCUAUAUUUACCCACUAGUGACAUAGAUUUAGUUGUAAUUGGAAUGUGGACAAAUCUUCCAUUACGUACAUUGGAACGUGCUUUAUUAGAUCAAAAUAUUGCUGAACCAUCUUCUUUAAAAGUUUUGGAUAAGGCCAGUGUUCCAAUUGUCAAACUUACUGAUAAAGAGACAGAAAUUAAAGUAGACAUUAGUUUUAACAUGAAUAAUGGUGUAAAAUCAGCAGAAUUGAUAAACUCUUUUAAAAGACGGUUUCCUGUACUAGAAAAGCUUGUUAUGGUACUGAAACAGUUUUUAUUACAAAGAGAUCUUAAUGAAGUAUUUACUGGUGGCAUUUCUUCAUACAGUUUAAUACUUAUGACCAUCAGUUUUCUGCAAUUACAUCCUAGACAAAAUGCUUAUUGCUCAAAUGCUAAUCUGGGAGUAUUGCUGAUUGAAUUUUUGGAACUCUAUGGUAGGAAAUUCAAUUAUGUAAAAACAGGCAUUCGAGUAAAAGAUGGUGGUACUUACAUAUCUAAAGAAGAGGUUCAAAGAGAUAUGAUAGAUGGACAUCGACCUUCUUUGUUAUGCAUAGAAGAUCCACUUACACCUGGUAAUGAUAUAGGCCGUAGUAGUUAUGGUGCUCUGUAUGUAAAGGAUGCAUUCGAUUGGGCAUAUUACGUUCUUUCUCAGGCAGUCAGUCCUUUAAAUAUUCUAGUUAAUGAUGCAAAUAAAGUAAGUAUAUUGGGAAGAAUAAUUCGUGUGACAGAUGAAGUAAUAGAGUAUCGUAGAUGGAUUAAAGAAACAUUCCCAGUACCACUGAGUGAAGUGGACUCGCUGUCUAGCUCAACUGGAUCUGAUGCAUCCACUCUCUCAGCACCAGCUAGUGACACGGAUUCAGAAUGUAGUCGUGGAAAUUCACCAAAUACAGGUGGAAAAGUAGAGGAAAAUGUUAAAGAGCGGCAUGUAUUUAACAAUCAACAACCUCAUCAUCAUUCUCAAUGGAAGAAACCUUUCAAAACAACUACUCACUUAAAUCAUCAGCACAGUUCUAGAGGAAAUUAUCGUGGAAUAAAUAAUAAUAUAGGUGGACAAAAUAAAAUAAAGCAUAAUCUUCACAGUAAUGGUAGUCAUAACAAUAGCACUAGUCACAGUCCAAAUUCAAGACCACACACAUUGAAGAGAAAGAAACAAUGCGUAACACAACGUGGUCCUGGAGAUUGUGUACGGUGAUGAAUUGUGCAAAAUAAUUUUGAACAAUGUUAAAAUAUCACUUAAGACACGAGUUUAAUAUUAUGAUCGUGUGAUAAAGCGACAGCAAAUCAUUUUUGUCACAUAUUAACUAAAUCAUUCUGUCGCGACAUCAUCCUUGUAAGUUUUCUCCAUUCAGUCUGCAGAAGGGGUUAAUAUUUACAAUUAAGCAUUUGCAAUUCGAAUACGAUAUUAUUCUUGACAGUACAAAAGAUACCCCUGAAGUAGCUAUAUUUUUCAUUUUCCAAGAAUAUAUUUCACUCUGUACGAGAGCUUGUGUACCAAAGACGCGCGUACAGAAUUGUAAUAUAAUUCAAAUUAGGCUAGGUUAAAUUUUGUUUGCAUUAAUGCACAUAUUGCACAUAAAAUAAGGAAAAAAAAAAUGUAACAAUAUUUUGUUAAAUAUUGUUUCUAGCAUUACACACUUAUUGCCACCUUUGAAUAGCAAUUGUGUUCAUACCCAGAUAAAAACUCAUUGUAAUACAUUUAUAUAUAAUACGAUUGAUAUUUCUGAGUAUUAGUUGCGGUACAUUUUUCUUAAGAAUUUCACGAAACUGUAAAACUUGCUCUUGUAGUUAUGAUAAAGACUUAGUUUUCUAUAUGAAACUAUAUUCUUAUAAUAAGAGGGUGAAAGAAAAAAAAAAAAAUGGUGAUAUUGGGACUUACCUAAUGUAAAUAUUGUAAUAUACAUAAUCAAACAUAGAAAAAUAAGUCUAACAGUUAUCUACUAAACUUUUUUAUUUUGUAUGUACCUAAAAAAUAGUGUUUGUUACAGUAAUAUUAUCACAGUAAUAUUUAAUAUGCAUGUGAGAGCCACAUUCAUGAAAAAAAAGAAAAAAAGA